AUGCGCGAUAGGAGCGAUAGCGACUCCGAGAGGGAGGAAAAUUUCAGGAGGAGGCGCGGCCGUAAGGAGCGGAACGACAGCCGCGAUUCUAUCGAUGGUGACUCUAGCGGGAGUGACGAAGACGCGCGCGAUGUAGGCCGCGGAAAGGGGAAAGCGCGGAACGUGCGGAGAGGGGGCGGAGAUGGGCGGAAGGAUGAGCGCAAGGGCCGCGGAGAUCCUAAGAGUCCGCCGGAGGACGACGGGGGAAGGCGGGGAGUGGGGAAACAGGGAGGGGGAGGCGGAGAUGGGGGGGCGGUAAUUGCGCGCAGCAGGGGGAGGCACGACUUGGACGAUGAGAGCGACGAAGAGAGGGGCGGUAGCGAUGGCGGAAAAGGGGGCGGAAGGGAUAGCGGGAGGGGCGGAAAGGGGAAGACGCGGGGGGAAUUUAAGGGGGAAGAGGAGGAGCGUGCGGAAACGAAGAAGAGCGUAGGAGGACGAAGGGGAGAGAGGGAUCGUGAAGAGGAAGAGGAGGAGGAGGGGGGUGAGCGGUGGGAGAUGGGUGGGGGGAGGGAGAGGUUGCGGGUUGGGCGGAAGGAGAAGCGCGGGGAGGAGGGGAGGCGCGGGGGUCGCGCGGAGAGCGAGGAGCGGGAGGAUCGUGAUAAGGUUGAGGGCAGGAGGGAGAGAGAUCAGAUGAGGGCGAGGGAUGGCUUGGGGGAAGGUGAGCGCGAGCGAGAUGUGAUUAGGGGCAGGGAAGGCGGGAGGGGCAGGGAGAGCGAGAGGGGACGAGGAAGGGAUGACGUGGAUGGGAGGCGAAGGGAGAGAGAGGAUGAUGGUGGCAGGGAGAGGCGAAGGGAUGGCGAGAUGGAGAGGGAGAGGGAGCGAGACGGCAGGAGGGGGAGGGACAGGUCGGGCCGGCACAGGCGGGGAGGGUCCGAUACGGAUGGGAGUGAGAGCAGCGGUGAGUGGGAGAGGGAGCGAGAGAGGGAGAGGGGGGGGGUAAGGGGGAGAGGAAGGGAAGAUAGGCACAGGAGGCAUGAGGAAGGUAGGCGAGAGGAGGGGCGGCGAGAUAGGGGGAGGGGCGAUUGGGAGGGAGAGGAGAGGCGAAGCGACGGGCGGGGGGCUCCCGUGCGCGCACCCAAUGCUGAUGCUGCCGCCACCCCUGCCCCCGCCGCUGCUGCCACUGCUGGCGGAGCAGCAGACCCAGGCGCAGGUCCGGCUGCAGGCAAGGCAGCAGCAGCGCGGGACACAGGGCGCACGGGAGGCGCGUACAUCCCGCCGUUCAAGCUCGCGCGCAUGCUGCAGGAAGUCAACGACCGCAGCAGCGCGGAGUACCAGCGGCUCACGUGGGACGCGCUGCGCAAGUCAAUCAACGGGCUGGUCAACAAAGUCAACGCCAGCAACAUCAAGAACAUCAUUCCCGAGCUCUUUGGGGAGAACCUGGUGCGCGGCAGGGGGCUGCUGUGCCGCGCGUGCAUCAAGUCGCAGAUGGCCAGUCCCACCUUCACGCACGUGUUUGCGGCGCUGGUGGCGGUGGUGAACACCAAGUUUCCGGAGCUGGGCGAGCUGCUGCUCAAGAGGAUUAUUUUGCAGUUCAGGAGGGCGUUCCGACGCAACGACAAGCCGGUGCUGGUGGCAGCAUGUCGCUUCCUGGCCCACCUCUGCAACCAGCAGGUGGCACACGAGAUUGUGGCGCUCGAGCUGCUCACACUGCUGCUGGAGACGCCCACCGACGACAGUGUGGAGGUGGCGGUGAGCUUCGUGAAGGAGUGUGGCGCCAUGCUGCAGGACCUCUCGCCCCAGGGCCUCCACAGCAUAUUCGAGCGCUUCCGCGGCAUCCUGCACGAGGGGGAGAUCGACAAGCGCGUGCAGUUCACCAUUGAAGGGCUCUUCGCCAUCCGCAAGGCCAAAUUCGAGGGCUUCCCAGCAGUGCUACCCGAGCUGGAUCUGGUGGAGGAGGAGGAUCAGAUCACGCACGAGCUGUCGCUGGAGGAGCCGUAUGACCCCGAGACUUCACUUGACGUGUUCAAGUUUGACCCGGACUACCUCGCAAACGAGCAGCGCUACAAGGAGAUCAAAGCGGAGAUCCUGGGGGACGAGGAGGAGGAUGAGGACGAGAAGGGCGAAGGGGGGGGUGAUGAUGACGACGAUGAGGAGGAUGAGGAGAGCAGCGAGGAGGAAGAGGACGAGGAGGAGCAGGCGAAGCAGCAGGAGAUUCGCGACGAGACGGAGACGAACCUGGUGAACCUGCGGCGCACCAUCUACCUGACCAUCAUGGCUUCGGUCAACUUUGAGGAGGCGGGGCACAAGCUGAUGAAAGUCAACCUGCAGCCGGGGCAGGAGAUGGAGCUGUGUGAGAUGCUGCUCGCCUGCUGCUCCCAGGAGCGCACCUACCUGCGCUACUACGGGCUGCUGGGCCAGCGUUUCUGCAUGCUCAACCGCGCCUACCAGGAGUGUUUCGAGCAGUGCUUCGUGAAGCAGUACAGCAUGAUCCACCGCCUCGAGACCAACAAGCUGCGCAACGUCGCCAAGCUCUUCGCGCACUUCCUCGCCACUGACGCCAUGCCAUGGGCGCUGCUCUCUUACAUUCGACUGACUGAAGAGGACACCUCUUCCUCCUCGCGUAUCUUCAUCAAGAUCAUGUUCCAGGAGAUGUCGGAGCAGCUGGGGCUGCGCAAGAUGAACGAGAGGCUCAGCGACCCGACCAUGGGGGCGGCAUUCGACGGCAUUUUCCCCAAAGACACGCCCAAGAACACCCGCUUCGCUAUUAACUUCUUCACUUCUAUCGGUCUGGGAGGGCUGACAGACAACCUGAGGGAACACCUGAAGAACAUGCCAAAGCUUAUCAUGCAGCAACAGAAGCCUGUUCAGGUGUCCGAGAGUGAGAGUGAGAGUGAGAGUGAUAGUGAGAGUGAUAGCGAGAGUGAGAGUGAUAGUGGGUCGGACAGUGGGAGUGACAGUGGGAGCGAGAGUGAGAGCGAGAGCAGCGAGAGUGAGAGUAGUGAGAGUGAGGAUAGCCGAGACAAGAAGAGGAGGCGCAAGAAGUGA